AUGACGCUUCCUCAAUUCGCCCUCCGAUACAAAGACUUCUCCCAAGCAGAUCUGCAGCUGUUUGUCAAGGCGCGCAAUGGCAGACGCAUGCGCAAGAACGCGAGCAAGAAGAGUCUUAUCAAGGAACUCGGAGCCCUCGAUGAAGCCGCAACCUUUCCAUUUAUGGACCUUCCACCAGAGAUGAGGAAUCUUGUAUACGAGCAGAUCUUGACGCACAAUCGAUUCGCUGGGCGACGAGCAUGGCCUGCUAUUCUCCGAACUUCAAAGUCCGUGUAUGAGGAAAGCAAAAGCAUAUUCGAAGCCGACAAGGUGAUCAGUAUCGAUGCCACGUAUCGCUGUUUCCCGCGCUUGCAUGGUGGCUAUGUCGAUCUCAAAGGCGACGUUAAAUUCCAGGACAUGCUCCACACAUUGCAACGCCAUUUCGAGCGCGAUCUGGGGAGUAAACUCAAGCUUCUGCCAUCGAUUGGCUCAUUAAAGAUCAAGCUGAGGCUGUUCUCAAUAGGUCCUCCGCGUGGUCAGGACAUGAGCUUUCCCAAGAUCAAGUACUUCAUCGACAUGCUCUUCCGGCCCUGCAGAGGCCUGAAGCGCUUCGAGAUUGAGUGGAGGAUUCAGGAUGGAGUCUUCGACCUGGACGCGCUGGCUUCUCUCGUUGCGCACAUUCGUACACAGUGUGUUGCUAGAGGCAUCGCGCUGCAAUUGAAGGAUCUGCCUCAGAGUGUGGAGGAGAGUAACCCUUGA